GAAGUCCAAUGUAAUUUCACUGAAAAAAAUUAUUCCUUGAUUCCAGCAGACAUCAAGAAAGAUGUUACUAUACUUGAUCUCAGUUAUAACCAAAUUACUCUUAAUGGUACAGACAUAAGAGUUCUACAGACAUACUUUUUACUCACAGAGCUCUACUUGAUUGAGAACAAUGUUACUGUCUUACAUAAUAACAGUUUUGAUAACCUCUCCAGUCUAGAAAUUUUAAAUAUCUGUAGAAACUCCAUCUAUGUAAUUCAACAGGGUGCAUUUUUAGGCUUAAAUAAACUAAAACAGUUACAUCUCUGCCAAAACAAAAUAGAACAACUGAAUGCUGAUAUAUUUGUGCCUCUAAGAGACCUAAAACUUCUGAAUCUGCAAGGCAAUUUGAUUAGCUAUUUGGAUGUACCACCACUAUUUCAUCUGGAAUUAAUAACUUUAUAUGGAAACCUAUGGAACUGCUCUUGCAGUCUAUUUAAUUUGCAGAACUGGUUGAACACAUCAAAUGUGACAUUAG